CACGGAGCGGACCCUCUCUCGUCAUUGGGAAUCCCUGGUUGGUGCCUCAGCGUGCCAAUAAACCGAGCUAAUGCUGGCUUAAAACCGCAAGCAACGUUCAAAGCAAAGCAAAGCGACCGGCUCGGCCCGUUUCCACAAACCUAUCCGCAGCAAGGCUAACGCCGGCCCGGGGUUUGAGCAGCCUCACCACCACCAUCCUCCACCCCUCCCGCCGCCAUCUCGGGGCGGAGAGACACCCCCACCCACCCCCAAUUCAGCUGCUCCGCCGCCAGCUGGACCUCCGUGCCGCGCCGGAUUGGCGAGGAGGCCUCUCCAUUAAAGAGGGCCCAGCCAGUCGCCGGCCUCUCCCCCACUUCCCGCUGGGCGUGCGAGCGCUUCUGGCGAGGAGGAGGAGGAGGAGGAAGAGAGGCGCUCGCGGUGGGAGGAGGCUCGGCGGGUGUCAGAGGGGCGGCGAGCGCUUGGCGGCUCCUGAGGCGGGGGGGGGGGUCGAGCCUCCCCGCUCGCAAACGUCUCCGCCUGAGGGCAUCGCUGGGCAAGCCGCUUCCCGCGGCUCAGAGGGUCCGCGCUCUCCCCCGCUGCUGCUCGGCCUCCUCGAUGCGCGGAGGCAGGAGGCGGCGGCGGCGGCCACGACGCGGCUUUCGUUCGCUGCCUGCGAGCUCCGGGCGGCCAGCAGCCGAGCCAGCAAGCCAGCAAUCGGCCGGCUGCUUCUAAUCUUGCCUGCCCGCGCCCGGCUCGGCUCGGCUCAGCUCGGCUCGGCUCCUGCGCCCUCGCCCGACCGCGCUGCCCCUCUCGCCUUUCUCCCCGCCUCUCCCGGCCGACGGUGCUCGCGAGUAAACUGUCUUCAUGAGCCCCGAGGAUGUCCGGAAAGCAUUAUAAAGGCCCCGAAGUGAGCUGCUGCAUCAAGUAUUUCAUCUUUGGCUUCAACGUCAUCUUCUGGUUCCUGGGCAUAGCAUUUCUUGGAAUUGGACUUUGGGCAUGGAAUGAAAAAGGAGUCCUGUCCAACAUCUCUUCCAUUACUGACCUGGGUGGCUUUGAUCCAGUUUGGCUCUUCCUUGUGGUUGGAGGAGUGAUGUUCAUAUUGGGUUUUGCAGGAUGCAUCGGUGCUCUACGGGAAAAUACCUUUCUUCUCAAGUUUUUCUCAGUCUUCCUUGGAAUAAUCUUCUUCCUGGAACUCACAGCCGGAGUUCUGGCAUUUGUUUUCAAAGACUGGAUCAAAGACCAGCUGUAUUUCUUUAUCAACAACAAUAUCCGAGCAUACAGAGAUGACAUUGAUUUGCAAAAUCUCAUAGACUUUACCCAAGAAUAUUGGCAGUGCUGUGGGGCCUUUGGGGCUGAUGACUGGAACCUCAACAUUUACUUCAACUGCACAGACUCCAAUGCUAGUCGAGAACGGUGUGGAGUACCUUUCUCUUGCUGCACUAAAGAUCCUGCUGAAGAUGUCAUUAAUACUCAGUGUGGUUAUGAUGCCCGCCAAAAACCAGAAGUUGAUCAACAGAUUGUUAUUUACACAAAAGGUUGCGUCCCACAGUUUGAAAAAUGGCUGCAGGAUAACUUAACCAUAGUGGCCGGCAUAUUCAUUGGAAUUGCAUUAUUACAGAUAUUUGGCAUAUGCUUGGCUCAAAACUUGGUUAGUGAUAUUGAAGCUGUCCGAGCCAGCUGGUAAAACUCUUUAACGUAAGCUACGCAAGACCUUGUGGGUAACCACAGUUCUCAGAAGGCUCUAUGUGGCCCACAUCGAGACAAACCCUUGUGAAAAUGGGGAACAGAGAAGUUUUCAGUUCUCAACUGAUUAGAACAGCAUCACACCUUUGUUUAUUCCAGAACGAGCAGCUCCAGCCACCUAGUUGUGAUGAAUGCUAUUAAAACCACCAGUCUAAAAUGUACUGAGCCAUGAAUCUCUACUGUAUCCUUGACUGAGUAAACUGGAGGAUAUUUCUUCCGUUUCGUGUGUGUGUGUGUGUGUGUGUGUGGCAAGUGGUCUGUGUCAAUGGAACCUCGGUAGAUGCAUCCUUUUGUUUUAUGAGUUGCAGUAGACCCUCAAUGAGGCAAUUUCCUCUUGCCAUUAAAGAAGUGACCAAGAGACCUAAUGUUUCUUUGGAAAGAAAUCCCACGAAGAGGCAACUUACUUAUCUACUUCUCAUAUGCUUUGUUUUCUGGCAAAAAAAACAAACAAACAUCAUCACUCUUCCACAGGAAAUUCAGUCUCUUGUUUUAUUACGUCCUCUGUCGAAUAACAACAGCUUUAAUUACUUUCCAACCUCUUGCGAUCUUUAUUUCAUUGGACUGUGGAAUCAGCAAACUUCAGGAAAGACCUAAAACAGAGAUAAUUCUCCAUCUGUACUAGUCCCUAGCAAUAUGUAAAUGAAGAGAUGAAGGUAUUCAUGCUGGGUGGUUUGAUGAUAAGAUGAAUGCGAUGAACUCAGAAGCAGAAACAAGCACAGUGUAUUCAGUUUCAUGGAUAAAAUGAAUUGUAAAGAAACAAAUCUGUUUGGAAUAAUUUUUGAUAUCUUCAUGUAGUAGGGCAAAUGCUUUUUGUCACAUUAUAACCCUUCCUAAAUAUAUCUUCUUCUUAAGCCCUCUUCAUAGAGUUGGUAUAAACUUUUUAAAAUUGCUACGCCUUUUUGAUUUGCUUGAUUUGAGUGGGCUUCCAGUUCAAACAAACGUGAAUGAAAUGCUGACCAAUUUGCAUUCUUUGGUUUGUGUUUUGUGCUGGCUUCGUUACCAUUUAGUUGCCAUUGCAUUUCCUUUUCUGUCUAGUUAAAAGUAGAAUCCUUAAUGAAAUAGGUAUCUCUCCCUCAUUUUUCAAGCAGGAGCAACAUUUGAACACCAAUAGUGUGCGUGCUUGUGUAUUUCAAUGAGAGCACUGUGAGCCAGUUUCAGUAAACAUAUGAGCAUCUAGGUUUUUUAUCCGGGCUGUUCAAUCUUGGCAACUUCACGAGUUGUGGACUUCCCAUCCAGUUCUGGCUGGGGAAUUCUGGGAGUUGAAGCCCACAAGUUUGGAAAUUGCCAAGGUUGGACACCUCUGUUUUAGGUGUUUAUGUAUAUUUAAGUACAGUGGGAAAGAAAAUUCUGCUGCUUCUGUGAAAAACAAACUGAAUUUGGCUGUCAAGGAUAUGAAUUUGGCAGUGGAGAGAUGACAAUCCUUUCAAAUUUGGCAGUGACUGAAAACUAUUGCUAAAUGAAGUAGAACAGUAGCUGUUUAAAAACAUUAACUUCCCCAACCUGGUGUCACCAGAAUUGUUAGGGAUACAACUCCAAGAAUUCACAGCUAGCAUUGAUAGGUACCAGGUGGAGGAAUGUUGCCCUAAUUUGAGAAGUUAAACAAGUAAAUCCAUUAAUGUCUUGUUCAACACUCCAGUUUUGUACACAGGGCUAAACAUUCUAACUGCAUCUGGUAUGACUUCACGCAACCUUUUGUCUAGGUAACUGAGUUCUGAUCAGGCUUCCAGAAUGGGUAACUGAGGUUCAUUUACACAUGCAGAGCUCUGCAAGUUAUAUUUGUGUCAGUCUUCAGUGAAUAGAUUCUCUUAGUUUUUAGUUGGUGAAUUGCUUAACUGAAGGAAACAAACAAUGCAGAAUAAAACAUACAGUGGAUGAAAAUUGAAUGAAUUCUUAUGAAUCUCUAGUACUUGAAUAGCUUAGUUGUAGUACAUUCCAGAAACCAAACAUAAAAGAUGCUGAUGUAAGAUGUACUGAAUAAACAUUCCUUCUUUUUGCUGCUGUUGUACAUUUCUGAAAAAUUUCCAUGUUUCUGCUUAGGUAUAAUAAUGCUAUAGAUGUUUAACUUGUUUUCCAUUUUUCUUUUCCUGUUAUUUUUUUUUCUUCCAUUACCAAUCUGUUUUAUAACUUGUAGAUGGUAGACCAUCAUAUUAGAGUGAUAAGGUUUUCUUAUUAAUGAAACAAAGCUAUGUGGUUAGGCAUAUCAUUCUAUCUUUUGGUAAAAUAUGUUGAAAUAUCUUACUGACUGUACAGCAUUAAGAGGUUGUCUUCUUGGUCCCAGUGGUGAAUAAGCUUAAUAACAUUUUUAUAUAGAGAGAAAAAUGGCAAUCAUUUUGUUUGCAUACAAAGCAUGUUUAUUUCUUGGAGUCCUGCAGGAAAUCAGGAUCUCUUAUUUUUUUAAACUACUUCCCUCCUUACUUUGUCUUGGUCGUGUUCCUCGAUGCAAAUAGCUAAUGUAAUUUUAAUUAUCGGAUAUGUAUUUGCCUUCUAUUUGCCUAUGCAUGAUUAAAAUUCACAUAUUUCUUCCAGAAUCCCACAUUUGCUUUUAAAACAAGGGUGAGCUUGAGAGAGUUUUCAAAUAACUUUCUAAUAACAAAUGCUCAUUCGAAAAGGUAACGGAAAACAGUUUGAAGGUGAAAUGUUUAGAGAUAGUGACAGAUUAUUAUGAUUUUACCAAAAAGGUUUAGAGCUGGAAAUGACCCUGUUUCAAGCAUGAAACUUCCUGACUAAGCAAAGUUUUUUAGCUUAAAAUAUUUUGAAUUAGAAAUGUUUUACACACUUCUAACCUAACAGCCCUAACUAAUGUAAAGCUACAGUCUUUGUAAGGUGAAGUUUUUUGAAGUCAUAAAAUAGGUGCCAAUUAUAUGUCUAUACAGCGUGUUGAAAUACUACAGGUCCGUGAUGGUGAACUUAUGGCACAUGUGCCACAGGUGGCACACAGAGCCAUAUUGGUGGGCACGUGAGCUGAGCUCCGAUGCACAUGUGUACAUUGGCAAACUGAUUUUCAGGCCUUCUGGGCCCACCAGAAGUUGGGAAAAACGCUGUUUCUGGCCUCCGGAGGUUGAGGAAGGCCCGUUUUUCACUCUCCCCAGGCUCCAGAGGCUUUCUAGGAGCCUGGGGAGGAUGAAAACAGCCUUCCCCACCCCCCAGAAGGCCCUCCGGAGGCCGGAAACAGCCCGCUUCCCGAUUUAUGGUCCACCAGAAGUCCAGUGGCCCACCGUGCCAUCGCAUGCCAAAAGUGGGGGGAGUGUGGGGGGGUUGCGUGCACAUGCGGGGGGGCACAUAGAAUUAUGGGUGUGGGCACGCGUGCACAUGACUGUCCCCCCCCCAGUGCUUACACCUGCUUUUGGCACUUGAUGGCAAAAAGGUUAGCCAUCACUGCUAUAGGUAGUCCUCAAAAUAUGACAGUUGCCUGCCCAUUACAGUUGCAUGUCUUGGCAGUCGUUAGGUGAAACGUCUCUUCUAAUGACCCCAUCCCUGCUUUUCCCCAGUGAAUUAUUAAAUGAAUGUGUGGGUCUUUAAGUGGAGUGGGGUGCCUCCUGGAUGGGGGAAGCCUUUGGAGGCCUAGCACAGGCCCAGGCCUACCUGCUGUGGCCCUCCCAAGGCCUCCCUCACUCCCAAGAUGCCCCAUGCUCCACUUCCCAUGUUUUGGGUCCCAAGAGGCCUUUUCUCAUUUCCACUGAGUCCUCCCAGGCCACUUAACCUUUUGAAGAACUACAAGGCCUUCCAGAGGACUGAAAUGACUAUCUUCUUUUGCACGGCCACGUGACUCGGUUGCGAAAGCUGUUAUCAUUUUCUCCUAUCCCCCAAAGUGGCAGCCACAUUUGGGUCACCCCCUGCAGGGUCUGGGGACAAACUGCUUCUUUUUGUUGCCUUAACAAGGCCUACACCCGUGAUGGUAAACCUAUGGCAUGCGUGCCAAAGGUGGCACGCAGAGCUCACUCUCUGGGCAUGCGCGCUGUCGCCAGCUGCUCUUGAGUUUUGUCUCAUGCAUGCACCCUGGCCAGCUGCUCUCUUCCGGCUUCAGGCAUGUACAUGCGCGCUGGCCAGACCUGUCCGGUGCGCAUGCGCGCACAGGAACCUGGAAGAGAGCAGCAUGCAUGCCAGACCAGUUGACCAGUGCACAUGCAUGUGACGGAACCCAAAAGAGCAGCUGGCCACCGCACACAUGCACACUGGCCAGCUGCUCUCUUCUGAGUUCCGUUGCUCCAACACAUGCACGCACGCAUAUGCGCACGCUCCAGUUUUGGCACUCGGUGCUGAAAAGAUUAGCCAUCACUGGCCUACACCAUGCAGUGGAAGCUUUCUAUAACAUUCAGAAGCUUCUGCAAUGCAAACCUCUCUUAGGGCAGCGAAAUGAAGCGAUUUGUCUGGCAGCUGCCAUUUUGUCUCCACCUACAAAUGGGCGAAGACAAAACGGCAAGUCAUAUUUGGGGCACCACUGCGUGGCCCAAAGACAAAGUGCUUUGUUCUGCUGCCUUAAGAGGGUCUGCAGAACGCUGUGGAAGCUUUCUAAAGUGUUCAGAAGCUUACACAGCACUGUGCAGACCUGGUUAAGACAGCAAAAUGAAGCCAUUUGUCUGGCGGCUGCCGUUUUGACCCCGGCCACAAUUUGGAUUGCUGCCACGCGGUCGGUUGUGUCUUCCUUUCACAACGUGAGCUCUGGAGACCUCCAGAAGAUACAAUAAGUGUGGGGCAUGUAAGCCCAAGCACUGUGGGGUGGGGUGGGAGGAGAGAGAGAUGGCAGGGUGCUGCAGGGCCCCUGCGGUGGGUCAUUCAAGGUGAAUGAUUGGAGGGCUGCUGCAAUCCUUGUAACUUUGACAUGGGCUCAUGUGUAGCCUUUUGGAGGGGGAGAGGGCUGUGAACAUUUAUUAAACGAAUGAUCUUUUAAUUGGGCUCAGCAAUUGGAUCUUUACUGUAUUUUAUUUACUAUGUCUUUUAGGUUUUGUAUAGUUUUUAUUUUUUUAAGAUUGUAAGCCACCCAAAGCUGAGAUGGGCGGCCAAUAAAAUUUACAAACAGACAAAUAAAUGGCCUGUCGUACCUUGAGGACUACCUGUAUUUUGUAGCUUUCUUUGCAAAUUCAUAUUAAAUGUCAUAAGGAAAAGGCAGCACAUAUAAUAAGUGUGUUUGCCAGAGGGAAUUUGCUGACCAAGCUCCACCAUAAAACGUGAUAUAUUGGUAAAUUUGGGUUAUAGUUUGAUUUCUCAAUUCCAAUAAGCUGGUCUCAAAAAGGACAUACUAUAAAAUAGUGAGUGAUGGAGAAAUCAACAAACUGGAAUAAGAGCAACAGCCAUUGCCAUUAAACGGGAGGUAUCCAACUUGGUAAUUUUAAGACUUGUGGACUUCAAUUCCAAAAAUUUCCCAGCCAACAUGGCUGGCUGGGGAAUUCUAGGAGUUGAAGUCCACAGAUCUUAAAAAUCUUAAAAGUUGCCAAGGUUGGACACCCCUGCGCUAAAUAGAUGUAUACUAUUCGUGUUUUCAGGUGCCCCUUUUCAUCUUUGAAAGGAUUUUUUUUUAAAGAGCAAGAGAAUUCACCAUCAAAUGAUAGUAGAGUUUUCAGAUGCUUAUUAGAGUGGGGAGAAGAAAUUUAGAGGAGUUUCCUGCAACCAGAACCAUGCAAGUAUUUGGGAAUGAAGAGUGGACUUUGCAAAGUUUUGGUAUGUGUCAGUUUGGAUGUAAAUGCUUAAUGUUGAAUGUUAAUGCUCAAGUGUUAAGAAGUUAAAGUUUGUAGCUGUUGUUCAUGUCUUUUCUUUCCAUAUUUUUAGAAUAAUUGUACUAAAUAGUACUGUAGUUAUUGACAGGAAAAAAGAGUCAAAAGAACCCCUUCAAAUGAUACCAGUACACACGUCAAGCAAGUUUGUGCUUCAUGCCUGCCUAACAAAUUGCACAUAUGUUAUAGAUUGUUUUAAAGAAUUUCUGUAUCAAUGUGUUUGCUUGCUGCUAGAUCUCCCUAUAUAUCACAUCAUGAAAUUUGUAUAGUAAUGGCUUAGUCCUAUGUUACAGAAACAACUUUGCUAGAAAAUUCUGUAAAUCUUUUUUUCUGAAAAAUGGUUGACUAUUUUGGUUUUUAUUAUUGAUCUAAGCUUUUUGCUAAAGAAACGCACGUGUCUGUCUUGUGUUGCCAAAUCCACCUUGGUUGAAAUGUUCUAACUCCUGUUUUAUGUCUUCUGGUCUGAAUCUCUGGAAAUCCAUUUGCUUUGUUAUCAUCUUCGAGCCAAUUCUAUUAGAUAGUUGUUAUAUAGUGGUGUGUACAUCUCGGAAAUGUAAAUAAUAGCAUGUCUGUGGAAUCAUUCCUGCAUAGGUUUACACAUAUUAAUAUGUAUUUAUUUUGAGAAAAAUGGAAUAAUCCCAUCCAUUUAAAAAAAAACUUUCGCAUAGCUAUUGGUUGAAACCUAAACUGCUUUAAUAGCCUGCCAUCUAGUGUUUGCUGGGCACUUCUGCAAUUUAAUAAAUUAAGAAUUGUUUAAUUAUUGUUACUUUUAAUUCAGCAGCUUUGAAUAUUUACAUGUUAACUAUUAUUUUUUUUUUUGCAAUGAAUAUAACUGUAAACUGGUACAAAUGCAGUGAUUUCUGUUCUUAAUCAGUAACAAAAGUAAAAAAAAAAAUCUUAACGAGUCACCAUUAUCAAAAAAGGACAUGUGAAUGAGGAUAUUCAGGGUAUAUCUCCUCUUAAAUUGCUUGCUUAGUGAUACACUUGAGAAAACAUAUUGGAUGGCUCAGUAAGCUUGCUGUUUUUGUGCUGAACUGACUACAUAUCCAUGUAUCCUGUUCCCAUACUUUAGCUUUUCACUACGGCUGCUUUCCUGAGAAACAUAGAAUGGCAAUUUACCCCAGUUGUGUUUUUACUCUAUUUCUGCCCCUUCAAUAAUCUUGUUCAGCAGGGAGAGAUUCAGUUUUCAAACAGUGGAGGCCUAACAUUUUAUAUCUGCCUAGCCAUGGGCUCAUCUUGGACCACGUGAGAUUUUGCUGGAGUUGCUGUAUUGUGUGCCUUUUAUUUUUCCCAUUGAUGAUACUUAGUUCCGUAAGAGCCCAAAACGUUUGCUAGCGAGUUUUUCAAGUCUUAUGUUGUGGAUGCAGAUUUCUCGAUAUGCUAUUUCAGUUUCUUCAGUGGUUCAGUGUCAACUAUUGAUGUUUGUAGAUAAAUUAUAGUUCUCCCUAGUCUUUUAUGGUAAAGUGUCAGUAGAGUACAUUUUUAGUGUUUACACACACCUGCCUUAUCUUAUUUUGGCACAAAACUCUUGUUGUGCGUGCAUUUUAUGACUGAGGUCACAGGGAAGGCAACUUGUUUGAUUUAUGGAGACAGGUAAAAAAUGUCACACCAUCUUUUCGAAGGGCAGCUGUAUUUUAAGGCAAACUUACCUUUAUUCCACAAUCCUGCCCGUAUUUUUCUUCUGCAGCCCACUUCUUUUUUUAAAUACCAAUGAAUUUUUUAAUGGACUUACUCUACAGAAAUUGUAUCCUCCAUUUUCAUUUGGAAGACUAAUUCUUGAACUUGACACAAUCUAAAGGAAGAAUGAGGUAUUAUGCCUGAAAAAAGAUUGGGAAACAGCCCAUUUUACAUGUUUAUUCCCAAUGGGGUUAUAUUAGAUGAACAUCUAUGGCUGGACUGUAGACUUGAGGUAUUGUCUCCUGAACAUUACAGGAAAAUUUUAGGUUCUCUACAGAAAUUUAAUCCGUUGAAGAUGCUGUUCUUAUUUCUGUGCUCUUUUUUUCAACACUGUAAGGUUACAUAAAGGAUAAAAAUACAUGGAUUUUUCAGCAUGUAUAUGCUGGUGCCCCUUAGUCUUGUAUAACUGUGCUUUCUUGUUUUAUGCCUCUCUGUUAAUUGCAUAUAACACAGAAAGAGAACAUGCAUCCUUAAGCAUUGUACAGGAUAUCCCAGACUCACUUUGUCAGAAUGGAAAUGUUAGUGUAGCUUAUUUGUGCAGUGAUAGAGCAAGAAAUGCAGAAAGGCCUGCCUCGGAAACAUAAUUUAAAUCUCAGAAUUGGUCUUAUGAAAUCAGUCUAGAUAAAAAUAUAAAACAGCCCUCCCCAGCAAGUUGCCUUGGUCUUUAAAUUCCCAGAAUUCCUUUCCAACAUUCCCAGAGGUACCCUGAUUAGAAAUUUCAUUCAGCAUGUAACUGACCAUAAAAGUUAGAACUGCAGUGCCUAGCAGAAGUCUACCUGGAACAAGUAUUUCUGUUUAUUUUCAGAAAAUUGGAUAUGGGGCUUUCUAACUUGAGUCAGGUUUAGAUAUGCUGUAUUAACUGCCAACCUUUUCUUCUAAACCAUUGCAUGUCCUGAUGAAGGCAAUGACUGUAGUUACCAUUGUGGUUCCCCCUGCCAUUUUUACUGUAUUUGAAUGUACUUUACCUGUGUGGAAAAUCUUGUACAUUGCUGAAUUGAUUGUAAAUGCCAAUUACACUUACUGAUAAUGGAAAGUAUUGUUACAAGGAAAGUGCAUGACUGUACAGCUUGACUGAGAUUUUGUCAUCUCACUCCCACAUGCUCCUAUUUGUUCUCAAAGUGGAUAUAUUUUAUCUAAUUUAUCAUUUAUUACACACUAUAAUGUGUUCUACGGUAGCCAUACAGCUUUCAGUGGACAAAAACUGAACUUUUACAUGAAAUUAACACAAUUAUUUUGUGUUAGUUUUUAAGGUAUUGAAAGUGAGAUACAUCAUGCUCUUUGUCUUUUUUUUUAAAUAGAAGCAAAUUUUCAGAAUGUUUUAAUACAUUUAUGAACAUAGUUUUACUAGUUGUGCAGUAUUCUGUAUUUUACUUGAAAUAAAUCAUUUUAUAUGCAAUUUGUUAGUAUGAUUAGUUUUACAAAUAAAAUGGAGUGACACUUUG